AUGUCUUCUAAACGGCUUGUGAGGAAACAAUCUUUAAUUUCAAAAGUUCAAUCGUUUCCAAUAGAUACAUUUUUAUAUUUCAAUGAGAUACGGUUAUCGAUAGAUUGGGAUGAACAUGCGCCAACUUUGGCGUUACCUUUGGGUGUCAUAUCAUGUAUCCUCUCCAUAGUUAUCCAGUCAAUAUUGUCAUAUUACAGUUCAAUCAACAGCCGCUCGAGAAAUAUUCUUUUUGACUCGAAUUAUUACCAAUACGAAAAUAUCAAAAGCUCGCUACGUUCAGGUAAACGAUUUGUUGAUGUUGAUGUUGAAGCUUCUAGAACCAACACUAUUAUAUGGAUCUUGAAUCUCGUACAAACCGCUAUAACUGUGCUUUCAAUAAUCAAUUUGUUACGGAUCUUUCUUGCAAAGAAAAACUAUCAGCUUUUAUACUCCAAAACUAAGCCCAAAUACAAGUCGGCGGUUCAUCCAGCUAGUCAGGACUCCUACUUUGUCAUGAUCUUAUAUUUUUUGUUUAAAUAUCUCUCAAAGGAUUCCGAGGAAGAGUCAGAAGAGCUGGAGAACCAAGAAAAUGGAACUACUACGGAAAUUGCCGAUGAGGAAUUUUGGGUGCUUCGUGUAUGGCAUCCGUCAAAAUUUGGCUUGUAUCUAUAUGUCGGAAUGAAUCCUAUCAACAACUACAUUAUUUACAACUUUACGCCAAAAUGUUCAAGUUUAAGCAUAAUCAUUCUUGUCACAUUGAUAUCGGCUUUGAAUUUCAAGUUGAUUAGCAACUUUCUAAAUUUAGUACAAGAUAAACAGAUUAUAUAUCAAGAAAUGUUUGCCGAAUUCAAUAACAAGUAUGUCAAGCCUAAAACGACUACAUUGAAAAAGGAUGCCAUGGUCGAUGCGACCAUGGGACCUUACAAGUCAUCCGUUUUGGUAAACAACGCACCAUACUCAUUCAUUAAACUGAAGGUUUUCACCACUCAUGAUGCAAGAGGGAAGCCAGUGACUGAAUAUGUUAAACCAUUUUCAGAUGAAAUUCCCAACAACAACAACAACAACAACAACAAUAACAAUCAUAAUAAUAACGUACCAAUGUUCAGUCGUUCUGGUAGUCGUUUUGCAAGCCGUGCGCCAAGUGUAGUACUGAGCAGCAGACGUCCAAGUGUUGUAUAUGAACGUCAAGGCCACCAUCAUCCUUCACCGUACGCUUUCCAACGUGAAAAUCAGUACUAUUCCUCAACCCCCUUCCAAGGCCCAAAUCUACAUUCAUAUGAUGAACAUAUGGCGAAUUCUGGGUUUCCCAAGUUUUCUAGGUCUCCUGAAGUAUCCAAUCCCUUCAUUUAUAAUCGAUCCCCAAGUCCAUCUCAUAGAUCGCACUAUGAUCCAAGACAAAAGAGCCCUCAAAGACUUUCUACUGUGCCACCACCAAACCUAGAUUACGUUCGAAGAGGUAGUAUUGAUCAAUUUGACCAGAAUAGUUAUCAUAAUAGCCCUCUACUAUAUAGAUCACCCUCGCCACGAGGUGGCGCUGGAGGUGGUGGAACCCCCGUAUAUUAUCCAAGCCCAUCACCAAAACGAUAUCCAGAUCUCAACCAACAAAACCAAGAGUGGCAAUAG